AUGGCGGGCUCAUACAGUAAAAAAACGUCCACACCGUCCAAGUCUCCCGCCGCGGCGCGGCAGCCAUCGGUCAAACGUAACUCGAGCAUCCUCAGCUUUUUCCAGAAGACAGAUACCCCGCCGGGAGCAACCUCCCGCCAGGCGCGAAUCACGCAGUUUGCAACAACUUCAUCGCGAUCACCAAGCAGCGGUCGGAGCACUCCGAAUAUUCAGCGAACAAAUAGCUCCAGGGAUACUGCUGGUGGGGAACUCUUUCUGGAGGACAAGAAAGGCCGAGCCGUCGCCCAAGUGGCGCCGACAACAGAGGCCAGAGCGCGGUCACGAUCCCCGGCAAAUAUAUGGGGCGACAAUGACGAUGAUGACUUUUUUAAUGCCGAUGACCAAAGAUACAAUGAAACAGGCUCGUCGGUCAAACGCCGGAAAGUGAACUCGCCUGACGCAGCCGCAAAUGAUACACAACAAUCGGAUAAAGGGCCAAACUCGACCAACCCUCCUACAUUCAAAAAGCCGACGAGUGGUCCUUUCAUUGACGAGUCGGAUAGUGAGGAGGACAUGGAUGCAUACAAGGACCUUGAAGAUACGUCUCCCACCCUGGGACAUACGACAUUUGGAGAACGAGUACCUAUGAAUAAUGACACCGCGGCUUCCGAAUCCUUGCCUGCCUUCGCGUCCCCGAACCUGGUAAGAGAAGAUACGAGCCAUGCCGGAAAUGAUGAAUUCGCGGAUUUUGACGAUCUUGAAGAGGACGAAUUUGUAGGGGAAGAGUUUCGAGAACGACCAUGGGAGGAUGAAGAGCAGGAAGCGUCAAUUGAUGGAGUGGCCAGAGACUCAGAUAGCUGCAGUGGUAUCGAUCAGGGCGCCAGAGAAGAGGUGGCGGUUUGUCCGAUUUGCCAGGUAACUUUGCCGAAGCUAGAUGAAACGGCAAUAUUGAUCCAUGUGAACAAUUGUCUCGAUGAUAAACCCGCCCCUACAACCACUGCCCUUAAACCCGAGGAUCCUGUAAAGGACCCUACUAAGGGAUUGACACGUACCGAACGCACCGCAAUUCCUCGACCAGCACAGCGCGGCCCGUACGCCCAGAGCGCUCCUGGAGCGCGGUCUGCUUUUACCAAAAUGAUGACCGGAAACGCAGAAGACACAGCAUGGUCGAGGGCCGCGGCGAACGAAAUGUCCUCUCGAGGCAAGCAGGCCUACGAACGGACCUGCCCAUUUUACAAGAUCCUUUCGGGAUUCUCGAUCUGCGUGGACGCUUUUCGCUACGGAGCGGUCGAAGGAUGCAAUGCCUACUUUCUCAGUCACUUUCACAGCGACCACUACAUUGGACUGACCAAGUCGUGGUGUCAUGGUCCCAUUUAUUGCAGCCGAGCGACGGCAAAUCUUGUUCGCCAACAGCUUCGCGUUGACCCUAGAUGGAUUGUGGACCUCGAGUUUGAAAAAACUACGGAAGUGCCUGGAACGGGUGGAGUCCAAGUUACGCUGAUCUCCGCCAACCACUGUCCCGGUAGUGCUCUGUUUCUUUUCGAAAAGACCUUUGGCAGCGGCCCAAGCACACGGCACCAGCGAAUCCUUCACUGUGGCGACUUCCGUGCAUCCCCGGAACAUGUACAGCACCCACUCCUACGUCCGAACCCGGUCAAUCCCGUCACCGGUCAACCACGCCAGCAGCGGAUUGAUACGUGUUAUCUCGACACCACCUAUCUCAACCCCAAGUAUGCGUUCCCCAGCCAGGAUGAUGUGAUCACCGCGUGCGCAGAGCUCUGCGUGCGCCUCGAUCGCGAAGCCGGAGUGGGACUUGACCAGGGCAAAACCGGAGGGGGUGGUUUGAUAAACAAAUUCCUUGGCUCUGUAACGGCAACGGAUCGAUCGCAAAAUCAAUCCUCCGGAAACGGCGGUCGACUGCUUGUAGUUAUCGGCACAUACAGCAUUGGCAAGGAACGAAUCUGUCAAGGCAUUGCGCGGGCACUUGGAUCCAAGAUCUUCGCCACUCCGCAGAAGCAACGGAUCUGCGCCUGUUUAGAAGACCCGGAGCUGUCGUCCUUGCUAACGAGCGAUCCGCGCCAAGCUCAGGUGCAUAUGCAAUCGCUGUUCGAGAUUAACCCUAACACGCUGGCCGACUACCUGGACUCGAUGAAACCGCAUUUCUCGCGUGUCGUUGGCUUCCGUCCCACAGGCUGGAACUAUCGCCCGCCGGCAGGACGCAUGCUUACCAACCCGCCAGUCUCGACAGUGCUGCACUCUGAGAACUGGAAAACCUCGUUCACGGCACAGGACCUCACACCGCAACGAGGCAGCACCCGCGAAAGCGCUUGUUUCGGGGUUCCAUACAGUGAACAUAGCUCCUUCCGCGAGCUGACCAUGUUCUGCUGCGCAUUGCGCAUUGGGCGGGUGAUCCCGACGGUUAACGUGGGCAAUCAGAAAAGCCGAGAACAGAUGAAAGCGUGGAUGGAACGGUGGGAGGGUGAGAAGAAGAAGAGCGGGCUAUUCCCGGUAUCGGGCGAGCGAUGGUGA